AUGAUGUGCGAUUGUUUGCCUGUUAACAUUAAAAUGAUGAGUUUAAUUCUAAAAUAAAGUUUUUAAGCCACGUUAGCCUCUUGCUAAAAGCCCUGCAUGCCCUGCAACACCAAUCCCCAAAUAAUUUAAAAAGAAAAUAAACCAGAAUUAAUACCCAUUAAAUUAAUGGUGGCAACAAUCAAACUGAAAUCAAAUCUAAAUGCAAAUCUUUCAAACUCUAACAUCCUAUUAAGAAAAGAGCAAAUUCUUUAUUACUUAAACGAAGAACAAAUUAGAAGACCACAAUAAAUAAAAAAGAAAAUUAAAUAAAUAAAAAACAAAAUCAAAUAAAUAAAUAAAUAAGAAAACUGA